CAAACCCACUGUUUAUGACUACAAAUAUUUCGUACACGCACCCACGCUCCCACGCGACGCGCGCUCCUCCACGUGCACUCUCGCACAGCGGGCAUCAAAGCCUUUACGUCAAGCCAGACAGGAAGAAGAAAGCAAAUCUGAAGGCACGACAGCCGGGUCCACUCGCCCCACCGAAACAAGUGGCUUUAGUAUUGCCUGCGAGCCUGAAGCAACACUGAAGCGCUGCCCUUUAUCACCAUUUAGGAUUUAUUAACUCCAUCCCGCUGGUUUAUCCUCUGCCAGGUCAUUCACGGAUCUCUUACUAAGUGGAUCGCCGCAUGAUUAAACGGUAUUUCUGUCGCAGAUGCAUACCUGUGCCUCUCGCCCAUGGACGCGCUAUUCUGAUUCACACGGAUUUCGUGGUGAGCACUGGGAAUGAGCUGAUCUUAUGGCAGACAUCAGCCCUCCUUCUACCAUCGCCCAUCUGAUCCACUGUGAGAGACAAUAAUUCGACGAGAGGAAGUGAGAUGAAAAGCCAACAACGACCAACACUGCUCGCCUUAGUGGCUCUCCUGCUCUGCACACUACACCAGACAGCUGUGUCCAGCAGAGCUCAUGGCAGCAGCUCAGCAUCAUCUACAUCAUUAUCAACAACAACAUCCCCAUCAGAGGUGAGAGGCAGGAAUAAUGUGGGGACGCCCCAAGACCGGCUAAAACAGAAUAACUAUGGCAAUCACAGCCACAAAAACAGGCCGUCACCAAAGCUUAAAGAGGUCUGGCAGGGCACCAAGCUGGAUUCCAGAGGAAGGAGCAUCACCUCUGUGUGCUUACCGAGUGAUCGAGGGAGGCAUUGGGGGGCAACUGUGUUUUCGGCACACACUGUUUGGGUACAAGUGUCGUAAGGGAGACUGCAGGACAGCAGUGUCUUUGGGGAAUCUAGUGGCAAAUAUUCUCAUCAAUGGCAGUGUACUGUUACAGUGGACCCAUGAAGGAGAAUCCACAAUGACUGGCCAAAAUAUGAAGACAAAAGACACUGCAGCCGGUCAGAAGAAUGGUGAUGAUCCUGGGAUGGCUAUAAGAAGAGAAGAAACUCUACAGUCAAACACUGUUCUCAGUGGCCGUCGCCACAGACGUGGAGGCUAUGAGUUAAGCUGCUGGUGGAAUGGAAGCUAUACUCAGUUUGAGUGUGCCAGUGUCCAUCUGGGAUCAGGCUGCCGGGACUACCUCCUGACUGAGCUGCAUGAGAACAUCCCCUACCGGCUCUGCCUGCGUCCCCUGGCCCUCUACGAUCCGUCUCGAAGGGCAGAACAACGGGACUGCAUAGAGUUCACCCUGCCUCAGUCUGGGAUGCAGGACAUUGUGAUUGCCAUGACAACAGUUGGGGGAGCUAUUUGUGUGAUGCUGGUCAUCAUCUGCUUGCUGGUGGCAUAUAUCACAGAGAACAUCAUGAGGCCCACGACGCCGCGCACGUACUCCUACUGCACUCACUCACGCCACUGAUGCGCUGCUAAAUAAAUACAUUAUGGGCUACAUUUAAAAUCUAUGACCACAUCUAAUCUCAAUUAUAAUCAUUCAUUGUCUAAAAUGAUUCUUUUCAAUCAGCCACAUAAGGAUAUACACAUCCUGUUAUGACUGAAUUGAAGCACAAUCUACUGUGGCUCUGUAGAUAACAUGUCUUGUUAACCUCUAGGAGGAUGCACUGAACCAAAAGUACUAAUAACCUACAUUUAUUAAUUACAGUAGUUUGUUGUUUUUGUUCAAGGUUGUCUGUGAUUGAGUCUGUAAGUCUGUCUGCUGCUGGCAGGAUUUAUACAGCAAUACUAUUAAUGAGUACAUCAGAAACAGGUUUUGGUAAAUGUGCAGCCUGUGAAAGUGUCCAGACUGGUCCAGACUUAUCCUUGCUGGAUCACAGGAAAAUAAAAGUACUGAACUGCAUUUUUCUACAUAACUAAAUCAUCCCACUGUCUAGUUUUGCUUUUAGGUCUGCAACUUGUGAAGGGCAAUACAAUCUGGUGUACAAUCUCCAAUUACUGUGCCAGACAUCUUAAGUUAGACUGCCUUUAUGUCCUGCUCCCAGUGAAUAAAGUACCAUGAGGUUA